AAAAAGAAAAAAAUAUUAGGGAGAAAUUAUAGAAGUUAGAAGCGAAGCGAAACGGGGAAUCAUUGUCUGCGUCUGUAAAUUGUAAAUUGCAUCGCAGCCUGCAACUCAAUCUCAAAACCCUAGCUACCCGCUUGUCUGCAAACGGCGUCGUUUCAGUAACGUUAUGAUUGGUUGAGCAUCGAACCAACCGAAUCGAGGAGGCGCAAAGCACCGGCGAUAGUUAUGUACAGAGAGCGAGGAGGCGUUGGAUCCAAAUCGGAGGUAACUUCCGUCGAUCGGAAGCGAAUCAACGACGUCCUCGAUAAACAGCUCGAACGAUCCUCGCCGUCCACGUCGCGAACCGCCGCCAUCAACGGCAAGGACCGCUCCUCCUCUUCGCUUUUGGCCGCCGCCAAGGACUCUCGCUCCGCCUCCGUCAACGCCCCUAUCUCCAAGAAUUCCAACGCUUCCGACGAGGAAUCUGAAACGGACAGCGAGGAGUCUGAUGUUAGUGGUUCCGAUGGAGAUGACACGUCGUGGAUCUCGUGGUUCUGCAAUUUGAGGGGAAAUGAAUUCUUCUGCGAGGUUGAUGAUGAUUACAUCCAGGACGACUUCAACCUGUGUGGAUUAAGCAGUCAAGUGCCUUACUAUGAUUAUGCUCUCGAUUUGAUUUUGGAUGUUGAAUCCUCCCAUGGUGACAUGUUUACUGAGGAACAGAAUGAGUUAAUUGAAUCAGCAGCCGAGAUGCUUUAUGGUCUGAUUCAUGCCCGGUACAUAUUGACAAGCAAAGGAAUGGCUGCAAUGCUGGACAAGUACAAGAACUAUGAUUUUGGCAGAUGCCCAAGAGUUUACUGCUCUGGACAACCUUGUAUUCCAGUUGGUCAGUCAGACAUCCCUAGGUCUAGUACUGUGAAAAUAUACUGCCCUAGGUGUGAAGACAUUUACUAUCCUCGGUCCAAGUAUCAAGGCAACAUUGACGGAGCUUAUUUUGGAACUACAUUUCCUCAUCUGUUCCUGAUGACCUAUGGACAACUAAAGCCACAGAAACCAUCGCAGAACUAUGUUCCGAGAGUUUUUGGUUUCAAACUUCACAAGCCCUGAAGCAGAAAUUUUAAGCUUCCAAGAAAAACUACUGUUUUUUUUAGGAGCAUGUUGUAAAGAGAAUUGCAGACAUGAUGUCAUGCAAGUGCUUAGUUUCAAUUUCAGCUUGGAAUUCAGUGAGCUUCAAGUUCAAUGAGCAAGUGCUUAGGUACUUCAAUGCACUCGUAAUUGCUUAUUGGAAAUUGUAUUCUUGCGGUUAGUUUCACUUCAAGUUGUUUAUGAUUGUCUCAGAUUACAGAUCCUCAACUAUUUUAUAUUAUUUUAUUCGAUUUGCUCCCCUCCUACAUUUACUCA